GUCAGCCAUCUCCUUCCUUCCCUCCUAUCUCUACUGGCCUCUCUCAAGGGGCCACUAAGAACCUGAGGGGCCAGUGUGACCUCUCCCUAAGGAUAGUUCUGCAGGCCAGAAACAGUCCUGACAGAGAUAGGGAGAAAACCAGAGCUCACAGGAACAGAGCCAGGCUCUAGUUUUCUCUACCCUAGAUUUUGGAAGGGCCCUGACAGCCUCAUGAACUUGGAAUUGUCACUAAAUGGUAACUAAACUGCAGAGAUGAGGUAAGAACUGCCUCCCUCUUCAACCUGCCCUCCCAUCAGGUCUCUUCCUUACCUGACCCAGCUACAGUCCCAGGGCUUAUUGCUGGUGUCCAGGCUGGCACCACUGACCUCUCUUUCUCUACAGUGCAUCGGGCAGCCCAAAUAUGUGGCCUGAAAGAGGUGGGAGAGGAUGAGGAGUGGACUGUGUACUGGACGGACUGCUCUGUCUCACUGGAACGAGUCAUGGACAUGAAGAGGUUUCAGACACUGAGACUGCCACUGCCUCUCAGUACCCCUCUGUACCUCUGGGCAGAGCAGGAAAGGCCACAUCCACAGACUUCUACUCCAGUGGGUCUCUGGAGCUCCUACUAUCUGAAGGACGUGUCUGGUAUGCAAACCCUCUCAUUUGCUCUUUGCCUAGAGGCAUCUGUGCCCAGCAGGUCCUCUCCAGGGCAAGUGGGCCCAUCUUAGGGAGAAGACUGGGAGGCAGUUUCAGAGCUAACAGCAGGGCCAGCUGAAUGUCCAACCUUCUAAGCUUAGCCUAGCAUCCCACAUCACUAGAGAUAGUGUGGGAUCCUGCCUGGCUGCAAGAUAAGAAAUACAGACCAGGGUCCACAAGAUUAUAGCUUCCUUGUUGUAUUUUUAUUAUCCUCUAAUUGGGUCUUUGUGGUGACUGGCAAUAAAAUAAUUGAAAAUGGCCCAUAGGCUUACUUUGGGGGAGACCAGGAAGAGAGUUUGUAACCUGUUUCAUGAUUAGUCUUGGGAGCGGAGCCCAAGAGAGAAGGAGCAGGUGCUAGAAUCCUCCAAGAAGCUUCCACAAAAAGGCAUGCAGGGAACAAGAUGAGGAUAACAAUAUCUAACAAUUUAUUGAGUGCUUUACUAAGACACUUAAGUGCUUUUAUAUUCUUACCUCAUGAAACCCUCAAAAACCAUCCUGAGUGGCAGAUAUCCCUGUUACAGAAGAGGACACUGAUGUUCAAAAAUACCAAGUUCACAUGGAAGCGAGUGGAAAAACCAAAAUCAACCAUUUCCCUGGCAUGACAGAAAUCUGCCGCAAAGAUCUGCUGGCUCGGAACCUCAACCGCAUGCAGAAACUCUAUCCUACUGAGUACAACAUCUUCCCCCGCACCUGGUGCCUCCCUGCAGACUAUGGGGACUUCCAGUCCUACGGACGUCAGCGAAAAACACGCACUUAUAUAUGCAAGCCGGACAGCGGAUGUCAGGGACGUGGCAUCUUCAUCACCCGAAAUCCUCGGGAGAUCAAGCCAGGAGAGCAUAUGAUCUGCCAGCAAUACAUCUCCAAGCCCUUCCUCAUUGAUGGCUUCAAGUUUGACAUGAGAAUCUAUGUCCUGAUAACAUCUUGUGACCCUCUUCGGAUCUUCAUGUAUGAGGAGGGCCUAGCCCGCUUCGCCACCAUGCCUUACGUGGAGCCCAGUCAUAAUAAUCUGGACGAUGUCUGCAUGCACCUGACCAACUAUGCUAUCAACAAACACAAUGAGAAUUUUGUCCGUGAUGAUGCUGUGGGCAGUAAGAGGAAGCUGUCGACACUGAACGCCUGGCUGCGAGAGCACAGCUAUGAUCCCCGAGAGCUGUGGGGGGACAUCGAGGACAUCAUCAUCAAAACCAUCAUCUCGGCCCAUUCUGUUCUUCGCCACAACUACCGAACCUGUUUUCCCCAAUAUCUAAGUGGCGGUACAUGUGCCUGUUUUGAGAUCCUUGGUUUUGACAUCUUGCUGGACCACAAGCUGAAGCCCUGGCUGCUGGAGGUAAACCACUCUCCAAGCUUCACCACGGACUCACGCCUUGAUCGAGAAGUGAAGGAUGCGCUUCUCUGUGAUGCCAUGAACCUUGUCAACCUCCGGGGCUGUGACAAAAGGAAGGUGAUAGAGGAAGACAAGCGGCGAGUAAAGGAGCGGCUUUUCCAGUACCACCAACAGCCACGAGAAGCCAGGCGAGAACAAACUGAGUCAUCCCAUGCAGCAAUGCUGGACCAGGAACGAUAUGAGGAUUCCCAUCUGGGGGGAUACCGGCGGAUCUACCCAGGGCCUGACACAGAGAAGUAUGCACCCUUCUUCAAGCACAAUGGCUCCCUCUUCCAGGAGACUGCUGCUUCCAAGGCCAGAGAGGAGUGUGCCAGGCAGCAACUGGAAGACAUCCGCCUUAAGCAGGAACAGCAAGAGACCUCAGGCAAUAAGAAGCAAAAGGAAAACAAGGACCAGAACCAGGGUGAAUCAGCUGGGGAGAAGAGCCGAUCCAGGGUGGUGCACCGGGGCCUUUCCACCCACUUGGCUUACAAGAACCGGAACCGGGCAAAAGAGUUGCUACCAGUACACCUGGACACCAUGCAUCCUCAAGACAUUGUAGAAGAGGAGGAGCUGGAGAGAAUGAAGGCCUUGCUCCAAAGGGAGAAUCUCAUCCGAAGCCUGGGUAUUGUAGAGCAACUCACUGGCAUGCUGCACCCCAGUUACCGGGGCCAGAAAAAACUUCAAGAGUAUCGGCCUAGAUUUCACCAGGACAGGCUGGGGAGUCAAGAAAUGCAAUCUGUGAGUCUGGUCCCACUGGUGCUCCUGAGAGAGGCUGCCACAGAGCAGAGCCCUCCUUUUCCGCAUCCAGUUCGGCCCCACGAACUCACCCCCAGGAUCUUAGGGCCACUGCCAAGCAUGAAUGUCGCAAUUCCACAUCAUUCCCGGUGCCAUCUACAGCCCAAGAACUUCAACUGGAUACGAGAUUCAUCAGCCAACGGCCCUUGUUCACUGUCAAUGAAGAAAUCUGGGAGACACUAUUUUUCCAGCGCCAGAGUCAGACUCACUAGCCAAGGCCAAGCCAGCAGAAGACUGGAAGCCAUAAACCGAGCCCUGGCAGGAUCAGUGCCACCCUCUUUAACCCCAAAGCAGGGCUAUCUUCUGCAGCCAGAAAAAGUGGCAAGUGACUCAUGGACUGGUUGCACCUUGCCCUCCAUGGUGAACUGUGAGCACAGAGCAGCCAAGGCCCGGGACCUCUCCCUCUGCCCUGCCUCUGCACCUCUGCUGCAACGUUCCAGCACACUCCUCAACAUCACCCACCAUAGGUAAAGGGAGGAAGGAAGUCCAGCACUCAAGCUCUCCUGGAGAAUCCCCUCAGGUUUCCCAAGGGCCAAAGGGCCUUCUACCUUUGUUAAAUUAAAGACUGCCACCAAGCUCCAGUUUGAAAAGCCCUGGCCAGGAACCCUGUUUCUAUAAGGCAAAACACAAAGACACCAAGAAUUCCGCAACACCCUAAGAUCAUUUGGGGAUCCGUAAAGACUAAAAGAUGAAGAGAAGUAAGGACCGGCCGUGCACUCCUCUCAGCCCUUCAAGCCUCAAUCCUACUUCUAAGUGAUGGAUCUGAAGCCUGACUGGGGCCCGAGGCUGGAGCUCUUCCCGGCGACAAGGAGUCCCUUUCCCAGAGAAGCCGGGUGCUCAAGGCAUGGGACUAUGGCGGUCAGCAAAAGACCGCCGGGGGACGCCUCUGCCCGCCGCUGUGGCGGAGACAAGCCAGUCUGGAAGCCGCUAGAGCAGAAGGACGGCUCAUAGCAAUUGAACCCGUCUUUUUAUUAAAGUUCUAUACCAUUUUC